AUGCCGGCCGCCGUCACGCCUCAGCGCCAUGAGGUGCCCGGGGUCGUUGCAUUUGCAAAACUGCUAGACGACCUUCUAGCUCGCUCGAUGGAGGUCAAAUCUACACCUACCAUUGAACCGGCAUUACAAAAGGCAGACUUUGGUGAUCUGCAAGACCAGCUUGCUCGCGUGCUUGUGGUCCCGGGAGCCUCAGAAGAGAAUGGGGUCGGCAGUACGAUACAGAACAAAGCCCAACAAUUUGCUAUCAUCGAGACUGCCGUACGAGAUGUGUUCAGCAAUUUGAUUGCCACCACGCCCAUCGAAUCCCCAGAUUUCGUCAAGGUCUGGAACCUGUUCGACCUCCUGACUGUGCUCUCCGACGACGGAAAAUGCGAUCCAGCCUUGCUGUUCUGGCUGGUAGAAGAACUCCUGGACAGCCAAACAAUCGCCGGAUGCCGCAAGAUCUUCGACUUUCUUGAGUCGAGGCGCGAGAGGAUCACCGUGAAGCAUUUUAAGCAAAAGCAACUGGUGAUCCUUCGCAGCUGUAACGAACUCCUACGACGUCUCUCCCGCGCUGAGGAUACUGCUUUCUGCGGUCGCGUGUUCAUCUUCAUGUUCCAGAGCUUUCCCCUGGGAGACAAGAGUUCUGUUAACUUGAGAGGAGAAUACCACACCGAGAACGCCACAGUCUUUGAUGAUUUGAGUGCCAAAGCUGAGGAAACACCCGAGCAGAUGGACGUGGACAGCCAGACGGGAGCCAAGGAAACAGAGUCAAAGUCUCAGCCAAAGGCUGUCUCGUUUGACGCGAAGAAGCCAGCACAAAAUGAUCAGCCGCUCGAGCCCGAUGCGCUGUAUCCCUUGUUCUGGUCUCUGCAGGAGACAUUCAGCCAACCCAAGAGGUUAUUCGAUCCUGCGCACUUGAGCGAGUUCAAGCGCGGUUUAGAAGCGACAAUGACAUCUUUUCGAGCGAUCCAGAGCGAGCAGGGUCAGCGACCGCCGAAAGCGGUAGAUGAGGCCCAACGCGGCUUCAAACGGAAACGAGCAGAUGUGGAAGAGAGCGACUUGGCAAACUCAUACAAUCCCAAAUACCUUACCAGCAGAGACCUGUUCGAACUAGAGAUGAGCGACAUCUCUUUCCGCAGACAUAUCCUCGUUCAGGCCUUGAUUAUCAUGGAUUUCCUUCUCUCGCUUUCCCCGAAAACUAAGGAGAAACUAGCCAGCAACGCUCAGAACAAGUCGGUGAUCUACCUUGGCCAGGUCCUUACCGAAGAAGAUACGAAGUGGGCAACGGAGAUGAAGAAGACAAUUGUCGACAAGUACCUCAAGCACGGCGUUGACGGCCCGUAUUUCAGUCGGAUGGUCGAAACGGUCCUUGCCAGGGAUAAGAACUGGAUCCGUUGGAAAUCGGAGAACUGCCCGUCAAUAGAGUUGCCCGCAGUAUCUCCAGAGAUAUUUGACGAGGCCAAAAAGACAGCCCAGCGUACAACAACGAAGAAACGAUUGAGGGCCACGCCGAUGGGGUCUCUGCCCCUCGGUUUCCUGGAUGAUGGCGAUGACGAGCGUGCGAUGAAGAAGCUCAAGGCUCCGGAAAGAUACAGCCUACCAGAGCUUGAGAGUUUCAAGGGGAAGAUUGCGGACGACGACUUUGACAUGGGUAUGGCGAAAGACAACCAGGCCAAAGCGGCCAUUGUUGAAAGCAAAGCGAGUAAAAGUUGGCGCGCUCUCCGGAUAGCAGGCAAAUCAAGGCUGGCCUUAUUCGACAAGAUUGACGAUCCGGAGAAGAUUGACGCCAUCUUUGAGGAACCGGUCGAUGUAGACGAGAGCGAGGCUGCCGAGGAAGCCGCGAACUCUGAAAACGUCCCUGGAGACAAGCGCCCAAUUAUACUCUCAGGACCACCGGGUGCAGGAAAAGCGACGCUUUUUCAACUACUGGCAAGCCGGCGUCCUGGAGCCUUCACACACGUGCCUCGGCACACUACAAGAAAGCCGCAAGAAGGCGAGGCUGAUGGUAAAGACUUCCACUUUGUCGAGAAGCUGGCCUUUAAUGUACUGAGAGACGGCGAUGCGUUGUUGGAGUAUACUACGAUAGACGAGGUGGACUAUGGCACGAGCCGGAAGGCUUUGGAAGCGGUUGUCGAGGGGGGCAAGGUCCCAGUCACCUUCAUGGACAGCGAGGCUAUCCAACAAACUCGCGACCUUGGCUACUCAGCACGGACAAUUCUCAUCUUGCCACCAAGUAAAGAAGUUUUGGAAGAACGUUUCCAAAAGGCGGAGAAGGGCGGUUUGGCUGCGGACGCCCUUGGCAAAGCUGCUCCCUACUGGGAGGAAGAUUCGAAGCUAAAGGACGGGUUUGAUUUGGUUCUUACCAACGAGGAGCUCGAAGCCACUUUCAAGACGCUGGAGGACUACAUCUAUGGCAAAGCCGAAGAAACCAAGCUCACCAAUGGCAAGCCAGACGACGAGGCGGCAGCAGAUAGAGCGGACACGGCCAUGGACGAUGCGCCGGUAGAGGCACCGCAGGAAACCCAAGAGCCUCAGGAAGCCAAGGAGGCCGACGAGGCUGAGAAGCCCGCAGAAGCCCAGGAGAAAGAAGAGACGGAAGAGACAGUCGAAGAGGCCAAGGCUGACGAGGCAAAGGAGACCUCUUAG